AUGGCUGGUGCACUCCCAAAUGCUAAGAAGAACCUCCCAAAAAUCAGCGAUGAGGAUCGCGAGUCUCGCUUUGGUCAGGUGUUCGGUGUGUCCGGACCCGUCGUUGUCGCCGAGAACAUGACGGGGUGCGCCAUGUAUGAACUUGUGCGUGUAGGUCACGAUGAGCUUGUCGGAGAGGUUAUCAGGAUUGACGCGGACAGGACGACGAUUCAAGUGUACGAGGAGACGUCCGGUGUCACGGUAGGGGAUCCCGUCCUGCGCACCGGAAAGCCGCUCAGUGUAGAGCUCGGACCUGGUCUUAUGGGAAAUAUUGUCGAUGGAAUACAGCGACCACUCCGAUCUAUUCAAGAGUUGUCAAAGUCAAUUUACAUUCCACGAGGUAUCAACACAGAGGCUCUUGAUCGCUCGCUGCAGUGGGACUUCAGCCCAGCGGACUAUAAGGUUGGAGAUCACAUUUCAGGCGGCGAUAUCUUUGGACGUGUCUACGAGAACUCACUCGUCGAUAGCCACAAGAUUAUCCUCGCGCCUCGCGCAUUGGGAACCAUCUCGCAUAUAGCUGAGAAAGGUAGCUACGGGGUUGGCGAUGUCGUGUUGGAGACAGAAUUCCAAGGGAAGACAACGAAGCAUACUAUGAUGCAAGUCUGGCCCGUUCGUGCACCUCGACCUGUGGCGGAGAAGCAUACUGCGGACUACCCUCUACUGACUGGACAACGGAUCUUGGAUGCCCUUUUCCCUUGUGUACAAGGUGGUACCACUGCUAUUCCUGGUGCUUUCGGUUGCGGAAAGACCGUUAUCUCCCAAGCCCUGUCCAAGUUCUCUAACAGUGACAUUAUUAUAUAUGUCGGCUGUGGUGAACGAGGGAAUGAGAUGGCGGAAGUCUUGAUGGAAUUCCCCGAACUUACUAUGGAAGUUGGCGACCGUCAAGAGCCCAUUAUGAAGCGUACCACGCUCGUGGCCAACACCUCCAAUAUGCCGGUAGCAGCCCGCGAGGCAUCAAUCUACACUGGUAUCACCUUGGCAGAGUAUUUCCGUGACCAAGGCACCAACGUGUCCAUGAUGGCUGACUCCACUUCACGUUGGGCCGAGGCGCUGCGUGAAAUCUCGGGGCGUUUGGCUGAGAUGCCUGCUGAUUCAGGAUAUCCGGCAUACCUUGGAACGAAAUUGGCUGGCUUCUACGAACGCGCGGGGAAAGUCACUUGUCUGGGAAACCCUGUCCGACGAGGUACCGUCUCCAUCGUCGGCGCCGUGUCUCCGCCAGGUGGAGACUUCUCGGACCCAGUCACGUCCGCUACCCUCGGUAUCGUGCAAGUCUUCUGGGGUCUUGACAAGAAGCUGGCACAGCGGAAGCACUUCCCAUCAGUUAAUUGGAACAUCUCUUACUCGAAGUACACGAAGGUUCUCGAGCCACACUACGAGUCCACUGAGCCGGGCUUCGUCGAGUUGCGCACACGCACGAAGGAGAUCCUGCAGAAGGAGGAUGAUCUCGCCGAAAUUGUGCAGUUGGUCGGGAAGAGUGCCUUGGGAGAAUCCGACAAGAUCACACUAGAGGUGGCCCGCAUGUUGAAGGACGAUUUCCUUCAGCAAAACGGCAUGAGCGAAUAUGAUCGUUUCUGCCCAUUCUACAAGACAAGCUCAAUGUUGCGGAACUUCGUCGCCUUCCAUGAUGCUGCCCUUAAAGCGGUGACAAAUAGCGACAUUACGUUCGCCAAGGUCAGGGACUCAACAGGCGACAUCAUAUUCAAGUUGUCUCAGAUGAAGUUCGAGUCGCCAUCCCAAGGGAAGGAGGCGCUCAAGGGGAAAUUAGAUGCACUGUAUAAUGAGAUUCAAGACAAGUUCCGGCAACUAGGAGACUUUCUGAAUGACGAGUGGCAGCAAAUGCAGCGGCCAGGCCUCGGUGCCGCAGCACGUAGCCUUUGA